UUGUGUUGGCUAUUAACGGAAUUUCAUAGGUAUAUCUUUUUAAUUUACCAGUACUCUGGAGUUCAAGAGCUUUUUAAUCGAGCACCCCAAAAUGUGUGUCCUGCUGCAACUCUUCCAAAUGUUGCCUGCUGGAAUCCGCAACCUGUUUCCUCAGCAAGUCAAUCGAAACGAUACGUCGGCACAGUAUCAGAACUUCAAGCACUAACUAGUCGCUUGGAGGUGAUGAAUUCGCAGAACAAUGGUGACCCAGAAGCCUUUGAGUUAGGAGCCCAAAUGUUAGCUGAAUUAAAAAUGAGAAAUGCCACUUCAUUUGCGUCUAGCUCGUCGCGUGGGGGACCAAGUCUACUUCAACCAUUGGGUCACUCAUCCUCUGGGCAGAUGUAUGGGCAACCACCGAUGGGGUCGCAUGAUCCCUGGAGAACUGCGAAUCUUCCUGCAAUGGGCGGUUAUGGUGGCGAUACUGCUGGUGGUUACGCGCCAGGUGGCAACUAUCAAUUUCCACAUGAAAAUGAAAGAAGAAAGUAUAAUACGAAUUACGAGAUGCCAGAUCAAUUUAACGUGGCUGCUGAGGAAAGUGGUUUUGACAGAGCCGGAGGCCCACCAACUGUGAGUACCCCAUCCCUUCUUCCUCAAACACCGCCGCCACCACCACCACCACCAAGGCAAUCAUCGGUAUAUCCACCUUAUAAUGUACCUUUACCAAUUGGCCGUGGUGCAGACACCGAAGGCAGUGGCUUUUAUGAGCCUGGUCGGUCUGGCACCGUUCCUCCUAUGCUAGUUAACCCCUGGGAAUCUCAGUCAGUCCCACCUGUGCAACAGCUCCAUUCUACUACUACUACCAACAACCCUGAUCAGCAACAGGGCAGUGGGGAUUUUGGUGAUGGUGAUGGUGAUGGUGUUCCCUCUAUAUCUGAAGCUUUUUCUCGGCCUAUGGAAAUCGACCCUAUGUCAACAACGACUUCAAUCCCUCUUCCAAUAUCGACGCCUUCUACAACGACAAGAAGACCUACUACACCAACCACUACUAAUAGAAUUGUUACUUCGACUACGACAACAACAACAACAACAACCACUGCGUCACCGAGAGUUGAGAGAGUUAAUGCAACCUUACCACCUUCAUCAACUAUACAACCGAGGGGUGGCUUUGAUGAUGAUGAAGACUUUGGAAUUCCGACUCCUGUGCCAUCGUCUCAACAAUCAUCAUCUCAGGUGCCUUGGGGUUCACAGGAUCGCCAGAAUCUAGGGCGACAACAAUUUGAGCAAGAGACAAGUGGAACUUUCCCACCUGAUAUUAGCCAAGGUGGGGAUCAACCCUUCACGCCCCCAUUUUCUCAACAAGGUGUGGUUCAAGGUCAAGGCCACGAUCUAUCUCCUCCAGACUGCUCUCCUGAAGCAAUGGCAGGCGCCGGUAGUGGUGUGGAUCCACGAUGUUUGUCAGGUGGACAUAUAGGCAAUGGAAUAGGAGGAAUUGAUAUUGAUAAUGAAGAUGAGGGCAGUCAAGGGAGAGGUAGUGGGGUGGAACCUCAAACGCUGUCUCAAAAUGCUUCACUGUGGGAUCUUGACUACCUAGGCUCCGGGGAGGCACCAUCUGAACCCCCCGACUAUGAUGGAUUUAUUCCACCUCCCACUCUCGGCACAACACGCUCGCCACCAUCUGAUAUCGAUCGGCCUUACCAACCAUCAACGACCAGCAAACCACAGAAUCCACUUCCGCCACUAAGAGAAUUACCCCCCGACAUUUGGCUCCCAGUGCCGGAUCUCAAAGCUGGCGACCCAAGGCUACCAGAAUCCAGACUCUUUCUCCCUGACUUUCCUCCCCACCGUGGUCGGCCUAUGGUGGGUGAUAGGACGAACUCCGGCUUUUCAAGUGGCGUUAACACCUCCCUUCUCGCUGUGAUUACAAUCUUGGUAAUCAACGCGAUUUUUCGAAAUUGA